CUUGCCUCUCCUGCACCCUCCUUCACGAUGUCCCCCUUGCUGCGCCCCUUGCUGCUUCUCCUGCUGGUGGACAUGGUGUCCCUGGGCCUAUCCCAGCGGUGGGCCCUGCCCUCCCUGUGGGGCCCGCUGCUGUCUUUGUGGGGCCUGGCUCUUGUGCGGGGCCUGGGUCUGACCCUGGGGGCGAUGCUCCUUCGGCCAGGCCUGCCCCCUGGUCUGGCCUCUGCCCUGCUGCCCUCGGCCGCUCUGCUGGCCCUGCUGCCCCCCUGCUGCGCCACCCUGCAGUCCUUGUCCUUCCCCAUGGGGGGUGCCCCAUGGCUGGCCUUCUCCUGGGGCAGAGUGGACGUCCUUGCCCUGCACUACGGGGCCGUGGUGGCCGUGGCCCUCCUCUGGCACCACCUGAAGGGGCCGACACAGAACGGAGGAGACCAGGAGAAGAAGGAGGGAGCCCCUUCGGCCUCCUUGGGGCGCCUGGUGAGCAGCAUGAGGCCAGAGGCACUGCGGUUCGUGGCCAUCGCCGGGCUCCUGGUGGCCUCUUCCCUAGGGGAGAUGGCCAUCCCGUAUUACACGGGACGAGUGACUGACUGGAUCGUGACUGAGGCCGGGACUCCUGCCUUCCAGAAAGCCCUCUGGAUGAUGACUGUCCUCACGGUGGGCAGUGCCGUGACGGAGUUUGUCUGCGACUACCUCUACAACACCACCAUGAACCAGUUCCACACCCGCCUCCAGAGCACGGUCUUCGCCUCCAUCCUGCGUCAAGAGAUCAGCUUCUUCCGGGCCAGUCGGACAGGGGACAUCACUUCCCGAGUGACAUCCGACACGGACGCCAUGAGUGAGGCGCUGAACCAUGAUAUGAGCUUGCUGAUGUGGUACCUGAUGCGGGGGGUCUUCCUCUACGGCAUGAUGCUCUGGCUCUCGGUACCCUUGGCUCUCUUUGCCACUGUGGCCUUGCCUUUCAUCCUCUUGCUGCCAAAGCUCACGGGGAAAUUUCACCAGCGCUUGGCACGGGAGGUCCAGGAGUCUCUGGCAAAAGCCAACGAGGUGGCCGUGGAGAACUUCGAGUCCAUCUUGACUGUCCGCAGCUUUGCAAACGAGGAUGGUGCGGCUCGAAGCUAUGAGGAGAAGCUUCAGGAGACCUUCAAGCUCAGCAAGAAGGAGGCUGGGGCCUACGCGGUCAACAUGUGGACCAGCAAUCUCUUAGAACUGGCCCUCAAAGCUGGCAUCCUGUAUUAUGGUGGCCAGCUCGUCACGCUGGGACGAGUGACCAGUGGCAAACUUGUCACCUUUCUUCUGUAUGAGAUGGAGUUCUCCUCAUCAGUGCGGGUCCUCCUCUUUUCUUACCCCAAAGUCCAAAAGGCCAUUGGUUCCUCGGAGAAGGUCUUCGAAUACAUCGACCGUAUGCCCAAGAUCAGCCCCUCCGGCACCUUGGCUCCCAAAGAUUUGCAGGGACACGUACUGCUGAAGGAGGUGUCUUUCUCCUAUCCUGACCGGGACAAUUCUCUUGUCUUGAAGGGGGUGUCCCUGGAGCUGCAUCCUGGGACGGUGACUGCCCUGGUGGGCCCGUCGGGGUCUGGGAAGAGCACCAUUGUGGCCCUCUUGGAACGGUUCUAUGAGCCCCAGAAAGGUCAAGUGUUGCUGGACGGCAGAAACCUGAGCGAAUAUGAGCAUCACUUCCUGCAUCAAAAGGUAGCCCUGGUGAGCCAGAGCCCGGUGCUUUUUGCUCGGUCAUUACAUGGGAACAUUGCUUAUGGCUUGAGUGAGAAGAGCCAGGAGGAAGUGGCACAGGUAGCCCGCCGAGUGGGAGCCCACCGGUUUGUUACCCGACUGAGCCAUGGCUAUGAAACAGAUGCUGGGCAAACAGGGGGCCAGAUCUCUGGAGGGCAGCGGCAGGGGGUCGCUCUCGCCCGAGCCUUGAUCCGAGACCCCAGAGUGCUGAUCCUGGAUGAUGCCACCAGUGCCCUGGACACGGAGAGCCAGAGGGAGGUGGAGAGGGAGAUCUACGAAGGGGAGGCUCGUGGGAGGCGCUCCGUGCUGCUCAUCUCUCACCGCCUGCACAGCGUGGAACGUGCGGAUCUCAUCCUGGUCCUGGAGGAGGGGGAGAUCAAGGAGAAGGGGACCCACCAGGAACUCAUGGAGAGGAAGGGGACCUAUUGGCAGCUGGUGCAGAGGCAGCAGAAUGGGGCCGAAGGGGGAGGGAACAACGGCUCCCACCAAGUGGGCAAUGGACCUCUCUGAGGGUUGAAGAAACAGUUAGACAUCUUGGCUAAGGCUCCAGAAUCUCACCUAUUGAAGUGGGGUUAAAUAUUGUACCACUGUUCCCAGAAUUCCUCAGUUGGAAGGGCCACAAACCUUACUGGUUAGGGCAGUGGUUCUCAACCUGUGGGUCUCCAGGUGUUUUGGCCUACAACUCCCAAAAAUCCCAGCCAGUUUACCAGCUGGGAGUUGAAGGUCAAAACAUCUUGAGACC